ACUAUACGACUCGUUUCUACAAUUGUCCUUCAAAAAUAAUUUAUAGCCUAUCGUUAUUCUCUCGAUUUGAAUUUUCUUCAUUGUUUCCCACUUUUUUCAUCUCUCAAGUAUUUGAUAUUGAUUACAUAUAAAACACCUUUGGAAUCAUCAGUGUUUAAAUUAUCUUAUGUUUGUGCGGUAUAUCUGGUAGGAAAUGAAUUUAUUUCUCUUCGGUUUACUGAUUUGUGUCAGCUCUUCAUCGACAUCGGCUGGAAAAGUAAGGUAUGACAACUACACCCUCUACAGACUCACUCCAAAAAAUGAGAGAGAAGUGAAUCUUCUCAAGAAUAUAGAAGAAUCUAAUCCUUCGGGGUAUGAUUUCUGGACUUCAGCACGAUCGGUUGGUACUCCUGUAGACAUUUUGAUUCCUCCCCAGAGUGGAAAUGCAUUGCGAACAAUUUCGAGCAUGUUUGGAAUGCAUACUGAGGUACUCAUAGAGAAUAUCCAGGAAAAAAUAGAUCAGGAAGCUGGUUCACUGGAAGGUUCUGGUGAUUUCGAUUGGACUAAAUAUAAUACUGUUGAGGAGAUAAACCAAUGGUUGGAGUCUUUGGUUGAUAAGUAUCCAAGAAUAGUAACAUUGAUAAAAGGUGGAUCAUCAUAUGAAAACCGAGACAUUAUAGGAGUAAAAGUAUCAUAUAGUUCAAAAAAUCAAAACAAAGCCGUAUGGAUUGAUUCAAAUAUUCAUGCAAGAGAGUGGAUUGCAGGAGCAGUGAAUACUUUUAUCCUAAAUGAAAUACUCACUAACAAGGAUAUCAGAAAUGUAGCCGAAUCACAUGACUGGUAUAUCUUCCCCGUGAUCAAUCCUGAUGGUUAUUCUUAUACAUUCACCAAGGUGAGGUGACCAAAAUUUAGAGAG